AUGGACACUGACAAUAUCAAAGAAGAAGGGCUGCCUUCAGUGAACCCCAUAAAUGAAAUACCUCAAUGUUCUAAAGCGCAGGCCUGGCAGCUUGUCCGCCAAUGCGUGGCUGAAAUGCUAGGAACUGGACUGCUUUCCUUCGCCGCCCUUCGUAUGACUGAGAUUGACAGCGCAAGCCUUCCAGCCGCCGUUGUCGUUCCCUCGUCACUGGCACUGGCCAUCUGGUUGGCUGGUCCAAUCAGCGGCGGACACGUGAAUCCUUCAGUUACACUGGCACUCACUCUCUGCCGCAUUGUCUACUUCGUCUAUCUGCCCAUUUAUUGGGCAGCUCAAUUUGCGGGAGCCUUCGCCGGAUCCGCUAUCGCGCAUGCCUUUCUUGACGGCAGUACUGAGCCCUUGGGUCCACCUAGUGGCAAUGGGACGGCGUUGGGCAGUACGCCACUGCAGGUGCUUUCAGAGUACCUAGCCAGCACCAUCUUCAUCACCAUCGUGCUCGUGUCGGCUGACUCUCGCCGCCCCGACACCUGGUCAGGUUUCGGCUUUAAUAGUUGUCUAGCCAUCGGUUUAAUGGCCAUGGUCAACAGAGGGGUAUUUGUAAGUGUAUGCUUUCGUAAUGGAAAUUACAACCAGUGCUACCGUCCAACGUUAAGUAGCCAUUUUUUAUAAUUUUAAUUAUUUUUGCAUUAUCAGAACUGCGAUCUUUUUUAGAUCAUAAUGUUCUGAAGAAAACAGGACAACACUAAACCUCUCGCAAAUAAAUUACUAUUAACCCGGAUUUUAAUCUUCGCGUAGAAUGCACGGUUUAGUCAGAUGCCAGCUUAUACGUAAUGCGCAUGUGUUCAAGCGGACGAGACAAUUAUUGUUUAACAGUUCCGUAUGGACAGCUGCAUAUCUCUGGGUACCUACAACACUGCAGUUAUUGUACGCAUAAUUUUCAUGCUUAUUUGUUAAUUUUCAAAGAGGAUAUCAACUGACAAAAAUAGCUGCUGAACAGGGGGAAGUGUACGCAUUUGUUAUAAAUACUUAUUAGGGGUUUUCAGAAAGACUACAUUGAGCACGGCGUAUAAAAAUGUACAUGCACAACACACGGCGUAAAUCAGAUGCAAUGAGAUAAUAUUGUGAUUCUUUUCGAACCCGGAUAUUCCCGUCGCCUUAGAGUAUGUCGAUGAUGGAAAAAAUGAUUUAGUGAACUAAAGUUACUUUGGAACAACAUUCAUCAGCUUCCGGAUCAUGGCUAUUCGUAAUGGCAGAGGGAGUCCCGAAGCGCGUAUCGCCUAAUUGGUGUCAGUUCUGUUUAACGCCCUUUUAAAAAGACUUUGGGGAAUACCUAAUCGCAUCGAAAUUUGUGGACAGAUUUAGGAAGAAGCUUCCGUACGCAAGCUGGUCCACACCAAACUCAGGCACAUUUGACCUUUGAGUACUGAGUCUCAGGGCUCUUGCUUCUGUAUCACGGCUCUGCAGCGGCAGACUCUAUUAGAAAUAAUCAAUUUCAUAUGGGGAGACGGAUUACAUCGAUCUAUUUGUGCGGCAUAACAGAAUACUCGCAGCAUUUUUUUCGAAAUGUACACGUGCUACCUUUUCGUCAAGUUUCCGUCUUUAUUUUUCUUUCGCACUCCAACUGGUCCAUCCCCAAAACAUUUAUGCAUCUAUAAUGUUUCAAGCAAUAAAAAUUCUAGCUGUGAUUAUGAACAAAACAAUCAUGUGAGAAAGAGACAGAGCUGACUGCGGCAGAGUUAUGGUGUUGCUAGUGUUUCGGACAACUCCAUCAGCGCACGUCUAGCACUUCCUUUGCCAUUAAUGUUGGGAGUGUCUACACUCCCAGAAACAAGAGCCAGCCAAUCACUGGAGGUUGAGUGCUCCUUUUCUUGCAUGCUGUCAACAUGAUGACGGCAGCUCGCCAUUGGCCGCUCCCAUUAAACCCGAUUGGUUCGUGCUCGCGAAAAAUUGAUCAGCCCGUCUAAAAUUUUAUUCUCGAAGCCCAUUGGACCGACAGCAGGUGAACCCCAAUCGGGUGUUAUAAAUACGCAUUAUUUUCCCAGUUAGAGCGGCUUUCUGGUUUCUAAUGCAUUUCUCAUGGCUGGUCGUUUCCUCCUGCUUUGCCGUGUCGGUAUCGGAAACAGUAGUCAAGUGCGCAUACGAUCCGCAUGAUUCUGAGUGCCAUGCCGAGUCAUAAAAAUUAGAUACACAAAGACCGAAACAGGACAGUUACACUGAGCUCAUAAAAACUGAGCAAACCCAGCUUAACGGGGAAUUCACCGGAAUGGGAGUCAGAAGUCGAACCAUCCUCUAUUGGGGUGACAACACAUAACGCAAGAACCUGUCAGACCACCGAAACACCUGCCAAAACUGAGGCGGCGAAAGAAGAAAAGGCUCACUUAGUCCAAAGCCGAUUGGCUGCGCUGGAUUUUUCAAAUUCCGCCUCAAACAAUUUGAUAGUGGGGAUUCAACCAAGUACUCCCAAACGUCAGCAACAUCCCAAGUCUGUUCCGGCGAACUUUCUCUCUUUCUCAUAUCACCGCCCUGGAACGCAUCCCUAUGAACCUGAACCCAGUCAGAUACAGACCGAAGUGGACGGUUUUCGGCAACCACAUGCAGACGGUGGUUUAUCUGGCGUGUUAUCGAUUCAUGCCCAUUUAUAUAGUAAUCUCUUAAAGCCUGUAAUUACACUUUGAUUCCUCUGAUGACUAUCAUGAGGAUUAUGUUAUGUAUUUUUAAUAAAUAUUGUAUGAUUAGUUCUCCUAUUUAAAGUAGAUCUUCGCGGGCAGCGGCUUGUAAUUUAACCAAAACUCCCAUUCUAGAGAGGUUUGGUUAAGUUUUCUAAGUAGGAUGAACACCUGAGCAUUCGGCUCUACUAAAAGGUGCAUUUGCGAGAUCCAGUAGAUGUUUCAUCAAGGCGCGUAUGGCAGAUUUUAUAAGUACAACAUCACUUUGUCACACUGAAUGUGCUGUAGAAAAAAUUCCUUAAAAUGAAACUGUUUUUGAAAAGAAUUGUUGCAAAAAUUGGAAUUAACCUCACUCAUUUCAUUUACGUGUAUUUAAAGGGUGCACAAUUUCCAUGUGGAUUCAACCCAGCGGUAUUUCUGGCUCCGUCAGUCAUACAGGGUAAAUAUGUCAAUGUUUUGGUAAGCUGUUCAGUGAAUUGUAAAUUCCAAUAUCCCUAAUGUCUCAAUGAUUACACUUUCUGCAGUCAUUUAGACAUACCUGUCUAAAAUGUUAGCGUAUUGCUGACGAUCUUCAUAAAUUCACUUAGAAUGUGUGGUUUACAAAUUACUAUGGCAGAGAUUUCGCAUGAGAACCAAUCGUACGUAAGGACUGAUAAGUACAGUGGACCUACUCCUCACCCUUGGCGGUGCAAGGAAUUUACAGCGUUGAAGGAUAAAAUUUUAUUUUUAUAUCACCCCCUGCGGCCAGUUUUCAGUGCUUGUCGAAAGCAUACACCGAGUGAAUGUAAACAGCAUGACGUUCUGUCUUGUUUGCAGAUUCACACUUUCGUUCCAUUUCUGGGAAGUAUCACUGCGGCUCUUCUUUUUCAACUGAUCCUCUGUCCAGACGCUGGACAAAGAAGGACAGUGAAAUUCUUUACAAGUCGCCGGUUUCAACACCAUCGGGACCAUAGAUUUCACUCAGACACUGACGCUGCGCCAUAAUGGUAGUACCGGCAGCAGAUAUGCGCUGGACGUCUCACUUUACUCUUGUCAGAAAUAUUAUCUUGCAGAAGUAAUGUUGUUCUUGUACUGUUUCACACAUAUCAUGAAUACACCUCGAUUUUUUCCGACGAGCCUUCUAUCUUCUUCAUAUACACAUAUAUCGUAGACGGAUAUCAAUGUUUAGACCCCUCGUUUUAAACAAGUAUCACACUAAUAAAGACCAAUUACAUCAAACCCUGUUGUCUUCCAUAGUCUUUGGUUACUGAAAUGGACGGAAACCUCCUUUUCUUUGGAUGCCAGAAGACCUCAAUUGUAGACGGUUACCACUGGAAUGUCCUCAUACUGCCUUAAAUUGCCUUGUGCAAUUAAACGCCGACUUUCGGGUUUUGCACGGUAAACUACUGCCAGACCAAUUGGGUAAAGGAUCCAUAUUUUGUAUAUGGUGUGUUUUAUGUGGGAGGGCUACACCCGAUUUUCGCACGUUUUGGAUGAUUGAUAGUUCGACCAUCGUAUUCGACGAUGUCCACCGUGUGCUCCACAGCAAGAUGAAGCAGACAGGUUGACUUGCGGGUGAAUUAGUUUAUAUUGAUAACAGACUUGCGCAGCAUCUACCGCACUCUCUCCUCCUAGCCACCUGGGCGCGGAGGAGGCGGGGAGUGGCGUGGCCGAACCCAUACCUGGGCGUUCCACUUCACACCCCCUGGUCCACAACAAACACUUGGACAGGAAUUUGUCCAGCAACAACAGAAAGGACUUGGAUGACUGGACAGCCCUGCACACGACCUGGAUACCCAGCGAGAGCGCAAGCCCAUCUACCGCCAGAGCACAGGGAAACCGCCAGCGCACACCAGGCUGCGAGGGCACGUUUGGAAUUGUGAAAAUAUAUACAUAUAUAUCGUAGACGGACAUCAAUGUUUCAACCCCUCGUUCUAGACAAGUAUCACACUCAAUAAAGACCGAUUACAUUGAACCCUGUUGUCCUUGGUUACUGAAAUGGACGGAAACCUCCUUUUCUUCGGAUGCCAGAAAACCUGAAUUCCGGAUUGUCACCAAUGGAAUGUUCUCAUACUGCUUUAACCUGCCUUGUGCAAUUAAAUACAGACUUUCGGGUUUUGCAUGGUAAACUACUGCCAGACCAAUUGACUAAAAGUUCCAUAUUUUUAGAUGAUGCGUUUUGCGUGGAAGGACCACAACCGAUUUUGCACGUUCUGGAUGAUUAAUAGUUUGAUCGUCAUGUCCAACGUGUGCUCCACAGCAAGAUGAAGCAGACACGGUGACUUGCACGUGAAUUAGUUUAAAGUGAGAGUAGACUUGCGCAGCAUCUACCGCACUCUCUCCUCCUUGCCACCUGGGCCCACUGUCAUGAAAGAGUCCAGAACACCGGGGACGGGCAGGGCGCAGGGGAGUGGCGUGGCCGGACCCAUACCUGGGCGUUCCACUCCACACCCCCUGGUCCACAACAAACAAUUGACCAGGAAUUCGACCACCAACAACAGAAAAUACGUGGGUGACUGGACAGCCCUGCACACGACCUGUAUACCUAGCGAGAGCGCCAGGUUUCGAAGAACUGUCAUUGCACACCAGGCUGCGAGGACACGUUUAGAAUACGAGGAAGGGAAGCGCUUGUAAAGCGGAUAAUGAAUGCGAGAAUAUGGCAGGCUAGCAAGAACAGCAGGUGAAGUGUAUUCGCCUGCAGUUAAUAGUCAGCAACUGGCAGCUACAGAUUGGGAGGGCUUUCUGAACUGCCACGCCUGGGAAGACAGAAUUAGUAGGACAGUAUUUUUGUGUCCGGCUGUGUAUGAUCACAGCAAAAGGCAGCUUCGGCAUUUGUUCAACCCAGCUGAGUGGUAGCUGUUGCUGAAUCCAGAACUCUGGUUACUCAUCUUCUCCUCCUAACUUCUUAUCAGGAAAACUCCUCCUUGUUGGUCGUAACGUGUUGACUAGUAGUAGCCCCAGCGUAAUGUCAAGAUGUCUAAGUCUGGCCUUAAGCAUCCCUGAAGCCCAUUUUCUCCGUCCGUUUGAUAAUAAUGGACUAACAGCUUCAGGGUACACUGUGGCGCCUCCGCUAAGUGCAUCAAUCAUUCAGUCAUUAAUUUACGGACCUUAGACACAGACCAAACGCUUUACGGAAAAGUCUAUGCUUUGACGCCAGUCGCAUGCCCUUUACCCCGGUUUGUGGGUGGAGCCUUGUGUCCUUGAGACUACUAAUAGGAACAGGCCUGUGAUCCGACUUUGACCACUACCAACAAUUGGGCCGGACGUAGACCGUAAGUAAUAAAAGUCGAAACAAUCAGCCGCACUAAAUACCUGAUGUUAUUCUGCCAUAUAGGCAAUAUUCGCAUGCAUCGUUACUUCGGCUGCAUUAAUAUGACUCCAAAAGUCAACAUUUCAAAUUCAGAUAAAGAACGGUAGCCGAUUUGCAAACUUCAUGACAAAACACUUAGUACCAUACGCAUUUUUACUUAAUGGGAUUUCGUGUAAGGCAACUCGGGUCCUGGAUGUACUUAGAGCACCAGAAGUGCCAGGGUAUCUUUAGGUUUUCAAAAAGUUUUCCGAUUCCCGAGUAAUGUUGAGUCAGAUCAGCUUUUGCACUAGACUUUAACGAUUUCAGCCGACAAGGCGCAUGCUUUCCGCAUAAGGAAAAUCGUAUAUUCCUCUAUGCCGUUAAGAAUAUACCGUGUUGCGUUCACAGAAUUUCGCAAUGGAUGCGGCCAACGUAGUAUGUCUUACAAGGAACAUUAAUAAACGUACGGGUACGGUGUUGUACGAGUGGACAGUGCACGCUCUUAGAACUCCUAUAAUUAGAAACUUUUUAAAACCGAAAGAUAUCCUUUCCGUAAGUAGAAAUGUGACGACAACCUGAUUCUCUACCAACCAAGUAAAAGAAAGCAUAUUUUGUACAUAUUUCCUAGGAAAUCUGUUUGAAUUUAUAAGACCAUCGAAAAUCAAUGUGUAAAAUUCCUACUACAUAAUUCGUCAUUCUUACCGAGUGCGGUUUCUGUAGAAGGUUAAAAUGUCGUGCAUUCAAAAGCCGACAUCCUGGCGAGUCCGAACUACCAUAGGAUUAUAUCGCAUGUUAAUCAGUACUGCAAGCCGACCUAAGUGUAUCAAUACUAUUGUGUCCAUCGGAUGCGGCUAGAUAACCACAUCUUACCACACGUUCUUCUAAAUGCACCUCUGGAAUAACAAGCUUCGCUUCUAUCAUUGAAAAGAGUCAGUGCAUAGUGCUUCAAUGAACGCACGGCCAGAAAACGGCGAUCUAUGAAGGGUGACGAUAGGGCAUGUAACUUACUCAUAUUUUCUAGGUGGGUGUGGUAUGGCGCCAAGGCACAAUGGGACGAGUGAGUUCCGUAGCGCGAUCGCUGAGCGCCCAUCUACCAGUGUAUAUACCCCAUCACAUUCGACAGUGCAGCGAGUUCUUGGCUCAAAGGUUAGUACCUUGGACUUCUAGCCGACAGGUUGCGGGGUCGAGUCCCAGGGUUUGCGCACCUCCGAGUCAAGUACGGCUGCCUUAAGACGGCUAAUAAGCUAGAAAUGGCCAACCCAUUCUCCCCUGUCUUUGUCAACAACGCUAUGCUGUGGGUCACAACAGCGUAGGUCAAGGAGUCAUCUGGUACGCAGAUUUUGAUCUUCGUCAGCGUUACUGACGUCAAGUUGCCCGGAUCUGGUUGAUGGUUAUGGUAAGGGAUACAGCUGGAUGUAGGGUCAGUAUUGGGAGUUGGAUUAUUCCUAGGGCCGCGGUUGUCAGGCUUGGUGUGUAGUCUGCAUUUGAAUUUGCGUCUGGGUUUGCGGCUGAGACUGGGGUUGGGGCUUAGAAUUAGGGUCAUGAGUUUGAGUUGGAGAUUAAAGGUGUAGGGUUAGGGUUGCGACUGCGUUCGGGCUUUCCCUAAAUGCUCACGGAUUACAAGUUAGGGUCAGAAGAGUCUGUAUGGCAAAAGGCAGACAAAUUAGUCAGGUGGUGCGCGAAUUUUGAUCUUCACUAGUCUUAUUGACGUCAAAGUUGUCCGGAUCGGGUGGAGGGUUAGAAUGAGGUAUGCGGUAGGAUUUAGAGGUAGUAUUAGGAGUUGGGUUAUUCCUAGUGCCGAGGUUGUCAGGCACUGGUUGCAGUCUGGAUUUGCGGCUGAGAUUGGGAUUGGGGUUAAGAAUUAGGGUCAUGAUUUUGAGCUAGGAUUUUGGAUUUUUUGUUGGAGAUUAAAGGGCUAGGGUUGGGGUUGGGUCGUAGUACUGUGAUAGGGCGUGUUUCAUGGGGUUGCGAAUGCUGGGCUUUGCGCGUGGAGGACGAGAGAACACUGGAGGUAUGUGAUCACCACUGCUUGAGGACCAUCCUUCGAGUGAAGUUCACCGACUUCGUCUCAAAUGAGACAGUCCGCGCUAGCUGCGACAAAAUCGCAAGUAUAACCCACGCCAUCCAAGAAAGUCGACUGAAGUGGUUCGGGCAUGUUUUUCGUCGUCCACCUCAGGAGCUCAGUGUUACUGCCCUCGAUCCGGGACCGUUGCCCAACUGGAGACGUGGAAGAGGGGGUCAGUUCAAAACCUGGCUGGACACUGCUCGUCAAGAGAUGGAGGUGGUUCUUGGACCUUGGGUAUUCGGUCUCCGUCGUUGGAGAAGGGAACGGGUUGAACUGUCCAGAUCUGCUGCCGCGGAUCAUCACGCGUGGAGAGGUAGAGUUUGGGACGUCAUUGAGGCCGGCUAG